GCUCGCUCGCUCGCUGGCUGGCGCGCUCCUCCGCUCCCUUCCCGGGCGGGGAAUCCGGGCCGGGUUGUGGCCGCGGCCGCGUACGUGAGCGCAGUGUCCCGGAGAGGGAGGGCAGGCCGGCCAGGAAAGGCAGCAGCAUGGCCAGUGUGCUGUCCCGGCGCCUUGGCAAGCGGUCCCUCCUGGGAGCCCGGGUGUUGGGGCCCCCCGGGGCUGCCCCACCCUCAGAGCCUCAGACUGAGCUGCUGGAAGGGGCGGCUCCCCAGUCCUUCCUCGCCUCUAAGGACAUUUCCUGCCAGGAGCAGCCCAAGGAAAUCCUCAAGGCUCCUGGUACCUCAGGCCUCCAGCAAGUGAUCUUUCAGCCUGGGCAGAAGGUUUAUGUGUGGUAUGGAGGUCAAGAGUGCACAGGACUGGUGGAGCAGCAUCGUUGGGCAGAGGAUAAAGUGAUGGUCUGGCUUUUGGAUCAGAAGUUACAAAUCUGCUGUAAAGCGGAGGAGGUGUGGCUGGCAGAGCUACAGGGUCCCUUCCCUCAGGCACCACCUCUGGAACAGGGAACCCAGACACCAGCCUAUAGGCCUGUCUCUAGGAACAUUGAUGUCCCAAAGAGGAAGUCGGACGCAGUGGAAAUGGAUGAGAUGAUGGCGGCCAUGGUCCUGACAUCCCUGUCCUGCAGCCCUGUCGUGCAGAGCCCUCCUGGGGCCGAGGCCAACUUCUCUGCUUCCCGAGCCGCCUGUGAUCCGUGGAAGGAAAGCGGUGAUGUGUCUGACAGUGGCAGCAGCACCACCAGCGGGCACUGGAGUGCGAGCAGUGGCAUUUCUACUCCCUCGCCUCCCCACCCUCAGGCCAGCCCCAAGUAUUUGGGGGAUGCCUUUGGUUCUCCCCAAACUGAUAAUGGAUUUGAGACCGAUCCAGAUGCUUUCCUGUUGGAUGAACCAGCUCCACGCAAAAGAAAGAACUCCGUGAAGGUCAUGUACAAGUGCCUGUGGCCAAACUGUGGCAAAGUUCUGCGCUCCAUUGUGGGCAUCAAACGACACGUCAAAGCCCUCCACCUGGGAGACACUGUGGACUCUGACCAGUUCAAGCGGGAGGAGGAUUUCUACUACACAGAGGUGCAGAUGAAGGAGGAAGCCGCUGCUGCUGGCACCCCUGCAGCUGACCCAGCACCCACCCCCGGCAUGACCAGCCCUCCUCUUGCUCUCCUUCCACCACCUCCUCCCAAAACCCAGUCCUCAGGCCCAGAACACCCUGGCCUGGAGUCUUACCUGCCGUCUGGUGCUCUCAGCAAGUCAGCUCCUGGCUCCUUCUGGCACAUUCAGGCCGACCAUGCGUACCAGGCCCUGCCGUCCUUUCAGAUCCCCGUGUCGCCACACAUCUACACCAGUAUUAGCUGGGCUGCCGCCCCCUCCACGGCCUCCUCCCUCUCUCCGGUCCGGAGCCGGUCGCUAAGCUUCAGCGAGCCCCAGCAGCCACCGCCUGCAAUGAAAUCUCACCUGAUUGUUACUUCUCCACCUCGGGCCCAGAGCAGUGCCAGGAAAGCCCGUGGGGAGGCUAAGAAGUGCCGUAAAGUGUAUGGCAUCGAGCACCGGGACCAGUGGUGUACAGCCUGCCGCUGGAAGAAGGCCUGCCAGCGCUUCCUGGACUGAACCUGUCCCACCGGCUCCUCCUCUUUGCUCCCUGCCCUGACUGGCAGCCAGAUGACAAAAGACAGAUGUGUCACAAGCCCUCAGCAGAAACCUAAAACAUAGAGUGGACAUGGGGAGUUUGGGCUCUAUUGGCUAAGGUUCAAUACUUAACACAUUUCCCCCUCCCUUUGGGGAACAGUUUAGUUUUUAAAAGAAGAAAGGAAAAUAUCCCCCCUCCCCCAGAAUAGGAGAGAGAGCCAAAACUGACCAAGGGUAGUCUGCAGUGAACCAGAGACCAAAGAAUUAAUUACCCUCCCUUUCCUGAGUCUCUCUCUAGGGGAUUAGUUUGCAUGUUUCAAAAGACGGAACAGCUCAUUCUGUUUCCUGCUGAGUUGGUGAAUUCUUUGCUUUCUCAACUCUUCCAGAAGGGACGGUGAGCAAGAUGAAUUUACUUUUCUUAAAAAAAAAAAAAAAAAAAAAGAAGUUUCUGGCUGAUGAGUCCGAGAGCAGGACCUGCUGUGGAUAGGGUGGGAGGAGUGGGGAAUCUGUGCACUUUUUAAGGUACAGCCGGCCCCUCUUCUCCACCCGCAUCCAGGAGAAGGGAGAGCCUGUUCUCACCGAGCAGCUUCCAUGGAAGUAAAAGGAAAACCCUUUCUUGAUGACAACGAUUUGAAUCUGGGGUCACUCAGCUGUUGGGUUACAUCCCAACAAAUUUGUAUGGCUUCUUCUCAAAGCCCAGACUAGUAGGUUUUUAAAGAUUGUCCCCCAAAUAGCUGAGCCAAAAGGCUAUAUGAAUUCACUUUUUGAAAAAUGUGGCAAUUAAACACUACCUUGAUCGUUCUCCCGUCUUUCCUUGAGGAAAAGCUGGAGGGUUUUAGUGUCUGUGAAAGCCCUCUGCUGUUACCUGAGUAAACUCCCUCUUGAUGUUCCUCCCUCCAGUUAUGGACAGGACACCUCUAAAACACUUUGUGUUCUUUUCCACUGUAUUCAGAAGCCUUUUAUCUGAUUCCGGCUCCCUUCCACUUGAGUGAGAGGCCCUCCCUCCUUCGUCACACUCUGCACAGGUUCCUCGGUCUCUGGUUUUACCAGGGAUUUUCUCAUACUUUCCUGAGGCUGCAGUUAGGGCUGGUGUGGGGGGAUGGAGGGAGGAAAGAAGAGACAGAAAAGUAAGUGGCAGCUUGCCCCCACUAUGGAGAGGGAGUUGGCAGGUUCCAGAUUGUUCUGUUGGCUCAGAGGGUCCGAGAGAAUCCAAUCUUCCUGAGGUGACGGGUAGGACAGGAGUCUUCCAUCAGUGUCAGCGGCCUCUGGAUUUUUAUCCAUGUUGGUCCAGUCCCUGUGGUGGGAAGGUCAGUUUGAGGCCGAGACCUGCUGGACACCCAUUUCUUCCCUGCAGGUAGGAGGGGGACGGUAAAAGAGUGGAGGAGGAACUCCUGCGGGGGGGAGUUGGAUGAGCAGCUCCUGGUGCUUUUUUAGCCUUUGCUGUUUCUGGAGCCCUCAGGAAUGGAGGGGAGCCUGGAUGGCACUGUUUGUGGAGUAAAUAAGCAAAGCUAUUUUUGUUGACAAGAAGGGAGAUGUGGGUGGGGAGUUUAGAACCCUGCCCAUCUGUGCUUAAUUGAGACCAGAUGAGCUGAGGAGCAGGACACAUUUUGUUUUAGCCCUAUGUGUGUGUCUGGGAGUUCCUCAGGCCUGCAUGAAUGUGGCCCCCUGCUGCUCACCUGCCUUGGGUACCGGCACUGCACCUACACGCCAGAGGUCAGGGGUUCAGGAAUGUCACCAAGUCCAUCCCCUGGCUGUAACUGAGGUUGUCCUCUUACUCCCAGGUGAAAAUCCCUGGCUGUCGAGGCUCCUUUGGCCACUUCACGUGGGAGCCGCACAGACGCUUGUCAAUCUGGGACACACUGAGUGUGAGAAAACCCGCUGACCUUAGAGAUGUGAUGUUGCAAAGGGUGAUAGUGACCCAGGUUUGGUGAUGGAGGGAAAGACACCCAUGUAUGGGUGUCUGUGGUGGUGAUGGGGUAUAUUUUUAUAACUUAGUAAAAAAAAAAAAAAUAAGAAAGAAAAAGUAUGUGGAAUCUGUCCCUAAAGCUCAAAACCAGGCCAGCAAGAGGUGGCCCGGGGUCCUCCUUCCUGUCCCUUCCACCUCUGAGAGAAUUAAAAGCUGACAGCAGGUGGUUGCUUGUUGUCUAUCUUCAGCUCUUACCAGCGAGGGGAGGGAGCUUUUGAGACGUGAGGACUCUGCCUAGCAGCGUCUUCCCUUCCCUUCUUAAUCACAGCUCUGGCUGAGUCUCGUCAUUAGAAAAGCUAUUUUCAUUUUUCCCUCAGUUUGGUCUGUGUAGAUAUAGCUGGCUAUCAAGAUUUCCUCUAAGUGAGGUAGGCUUCUCAUGUCGUUGGUACCCAGGGCAGAAGAGGCAGAGAGAAAGAAGAAAGGGAUGAAACAGUUUAAAAACUGAGGUGGUUUUUUUUUUUUUUUUAAUGUUUUAUUUUGGUGCAGCUUUCCCUGUCUGUAUCUGUUCCUCUCUCCUUAUAGGUGGUGGUGGCGGUGGCGGCCUCCGCUCCCAUCUUGUGGCUGUUGUGUUGGUUCUUGACAUGUGGUCUGUCCGUGGGGUUGCCCCAUUUGUUUCUUCUUGGAGGGUGGGGGUGGCUUGUGAACUGAUCAGCGAUUAUGCCUGUUUCCUGCAUCUCCGCAUCUCUCCCUACUUCCCAGCCCACCUGGGCAGCAGAAUCUGACAGGAGGGCAGGUGCCACAGCUGUGCACUGGAAACUAACAGGACCGAUUUUCAAAAGAAAUGAUUUGGGGAAACCAUUUAUUCCAGGGAUGUUACCCCUAUUCAAAGUUUUUCUUGGGGUUGCCUCUGGAGUCUGUGGUGCCUGCUUCGGACAGCCUUAAUGAUUCUCAAUCUGCACCCAUGCUCAUUCAGUGCAGAGUCCAGUGAAUGAUGUCUGUGGUCAAGUGAGAUCACAGGGGCAAAGCUCAUGGACCGACUAGUGAGGGAAAUAGCUGGAUUUAAUUAUGUGGCUUUUAAGCUGGCUGUGAAAGCAAUUUUGUAAUUUCAGAGAGCAUUCUGAGUGAUACCAACUUUCUGAUAUAAGCCUAUAGCUUGACUCCUUGGAGGACAGCAUUGAUUUGGAUGUGAGAAACUCAUUUGUUUGAAGAAAUCUGUCCUGUUACUUUCUGGUCCUCCCAGGUUCUGACUUUACCAGGGCCAAAAAUUUAAAAAAAAAAAAAAAAAAAAAAAGGAAAGAGAGAAGAGGGAGAUAAAUCCCAUCUGUGAAUUUGUCUUAUUGGCGCCUUUUCCCCCCAGCUGUCUUCCAAGUAUUAUUUUUACUGUUAAAAAAAUUUUUUUAAAAAUGUGAAAUGUAAUGUUUUUACAGCGACAAUAUGAAAUAUAUUUUAUAAGGAAUAAAAUGGUACAUUGUCUGA